CGUUUAGCAUCUAGCUAACUUUGCUACCUGCCACAGCGAUGGAGGUCACAAUGGACCCUUUAUUUCUUGCGUUGAGCUAUUUCAGGAGGCGGAAACUUCAACAAUGUUCAGACAUUUGUACUAAAAUAUUGCAAGACAGUCCAUACGACCAGGUAAGGGACUCGUCCUUGCUUAUCUCAGAGGCUGCAUGGAGCUUAAAAACCCGUGCCCUUACGGAGAUGGUGUACAUCGAUGAAGUUGAUGUUGACCAGGAGGGAAUUGCUGAAAUGAUGCUGGAUGAGAACUCAAUUGCGCAAGUUGCACGACCUGGCACAUCACUGAGACUCCCUGGAACCAGUCAGGGUGGAGGUCCCUCUCCAGCUGUCAGGCCUAUGACACAGUCGGGGCGUCCUGUCACUGGAUUUGUGAGACCAAGUACACAGUCAGGGCGUCCAGGGACGAUGGAACAGGCAAUCAAAACCCCACGCACUGCAAGCACUGCUCGUCCUGUCACUGGGUCUUCUGGUAGAUUCAUUCGUUCGGGAACAGCUUCAAUGUUGACCAACCCUGAAGGACCGUUCAUAAACUUGUCAAGACUAAAUUUGGCCAAGUAUUCCCAAAAGCCAAGUUUAUCCAGGACAUUGUUUGAGUACAUCUUUCAUCAUGAAAAUGACAUGAAAAAUGCUUUAGAUUUGGCUGCUCAGGCGACUGAGCAUGCACAGUUCAAAGACUGGUGGUGGAAAGUUCAACUGGGAAAAUGUUACUACAGGCUUGGUUUAUACAGAGAGGCUGAGAAACAGUUUCGGUCAGCCCUCAACCACGAAGAGGUGGUAGAUACAUACCUCUACCUUGCAAAGGUUUAUCGACGCCUGGAUCAACCAAUAACGGCCCUCAAUCUUUUCAAGCAAGGUCUGGACCACUUCCCUGGUGAGGUCACACUUCAAACAGGAAUCGCUCGCAUCCAUGAGGAAAUGAACAACAUUUCCUCAGCCACGGAAUACUACAAAGAGGUCCUGAAACAGGACAACACACACGUGGAGGCUAUCGCUUGCAUAGGCAGCAAUCACUUCUAUACGGAUCAGCCUGAGAUCGCCCUGCGCUUCUACAGACGGCUGCUUCAGAUGGGUGUGUAUAACUGCCAACUGUACAACAACCUGGGCCUGUGCUGUUUCUACGCUCAGCAGUACGAUAUGACUCUGUCCUCGUUCGAGAGGGCUUUGGCUCUGGUGGCCAAUGACGAAGAGCAGGCAGAUGUCUGGUACAACAUUGGACAUGUUGCUGUGGGCAUAGGUGACUUGACCUUGGCGUAUCAGUGUUUCAAACUGACUCUAGCUUUCAAUAAUGAUCAUGCGGAGGCCUAUAAUAAUCUGGCUGUACUGGAGCUGCGCAAAGGUCAUAUUGAACAGUCCAAAGCCUUCCUGCAAACAGCUGCAUCAGUGGCACCUCACAUGUAUGAGCCACACUUCAAUCUCUCCAUUCUCUGUGAAAAGGUUGGAGACCUUCAGAGCAGCUACACCGCAGCCCAAAAGUCCGAAGAUGCUUUUCCAGAGCACGUUGACACUCAGCAGCUUCUCAAAGUGCUUCGUCAGCACUUUGCAGUGCUGUGAGAGUCCCAACACCAUCAGGCAAAGUUACAAAAGUAGUACAAGGUGGGCAGGUUAGUCAAACUUAAAACCAACAAA